AUGUACCAAACAAUUAUUAGUUCUGGUAUUGCCUUUGUUUCUCCAGUUUUGCUUACCAUCGCUUUUGGUCUCUCUGUGGGAAUUUUAUUCUAUCCCACAAUUUUGACCCUCACAUUGACCCCUGAUACCUCCAUUUAUAGCUUGAUCCAAUCAUCUAGCCCCAAGUUGGUGGAUAUUUCAGUCGCCAUUAACUUGAGAUCAAUAUGCAUUAAAAACUCCAAUGCCAGGUCGGUUUGCCAAAGUACUUUUGAUCUGGUAACUUUAUCAUCUUACAAUAUCACCCUCUAUGCUUCCUCCAACGUCUCCACCAAUUACCUUGAUCUUCCUCAGGUGGCCCAGACUUAUCAAGUGGAUUAUUUGACACGGAUACGGUACUUUUAUAUCGCCAUGACUUCCAUUAUUGCCGUACUUCUUAUUUCCCACACGAUCUCGCUUGCCACGGGAAACCUCAAGUCCAUGGCAACAAUUGGCGAGUUUGUGCUCAAGCGAAUCACCAAACACGAUAGGUUUUCACAAAUCAGUAGAAUAGUUUCCAAGAUCCAUAUGUGGCUUGUGGUAAUCCUUAAUGGAUUAGGGUUCUUUGCCGCUUUGCAUUUAGUAUUCAAUUUGCAAGUGAUCAAGGCUACCAUCGCCGAGGUAUCAUUGAAUAUCAUCCAUGUGAAACUUGCCGGAAAGUUCCAAGCAUGUGUUUGGGCUCAAUUGACAAUGUUUUUACUGAUUUUAGCGAUGAGAUUAAUUUUUUGGCAAGUUCUGAGAAUAAAAAGGGUGGAUGAGGUGAAAAUUGAUAUCAUCCAGCCAAAAGUAUAA